AUGGCCUUUAAGGUGACAAUCAAUAAAUCGUUGGAGGACAAUAGUUAUCCAUUACCUACUGCAGAUGACUUGUUUUCAAUGCUGGCUGGUAGGGAGGUGUUCUCUAAGUCAGAUUUAACCCAGGCAUGCCAACAAUUGGAGCUCACGGAGGCGUCAAAGCCGUUGUGUACGAUAAAUACACAUCAGGGUCUUGACCAAAUCCAGAGACUGCCUUUUGGCGUAAAAACAGCGCCAUCUAUUUUCCAGUCUGUCAUGGAUCGUGUGUUGGUCAAUAUACCCGGCGUUGGGUGUAUUUUGGAUGACAUUUUGACGGGAACAAAACCUGAGGAGCAUCUGCGUCGUUUGGAGGAUGUCUUGAAACGGUUGGCCAAGCACCACAUUGUUGCCAAGCUACCGAAGUGUAGGUUCCGUGUACCGGAAGUUGUCUAUUUCGGUCAUCGUGUUAAUGCUGAGGGUCGCGCGUGUGUACCAGAGAAGGUGGACGCUAUUUUGAAAGCAAAAACGCCAACUAACGUUGCAGAGUUGCGCACUUUUCUGGGCUUUGUAGGCUAUUAUGGGGUCUACUUGCCAAACUUGUCAACUACGUUUUCCCCAUUAUAUCGUUUACUCCGUGACGAUGUACCAUGGGAGUGGACUGGUGACUGUAAUAAAGCGCUAGAGCAAGUGAAAAAGGAACUUACUAGUGAUCGCGUUUUGGUGCACUAUGAUACCAAGAAGGAGUUGAUAUUAGCGACAGAUGCCUCGCCCCAUGGUGUGGGUGCGGUGAUCUCGCACAGAAUGAGAGAUGAGUCUGAGAGACCUAUUGCUUUUGGUUCACGUUCUCUAUCGGACAAUGAGAAAAAUAACGCGCAGAUUGAGAAGGAGGCGCUUGGAAUCGUGUAUGGUGUGACUAAGUUCCAUAAGUAUUUAUACGGACGGAAAUUUGAACUUUACACUGAUCAUGAGCCACUGACUAAGAUUUUUGGCCCACACACCGGUGUGCCCACACUUGCCGCGUUGCUCCUACAACGAUGGGCAUUGAUAUUGAUGGCGUAUGAUUACACCAUCCACUACCGCAGAUCUGCCCAGAAUGCAAAUGCGGACAUUCUAUCCAGGUUUCCGGUGGAUAGUGCACGUGUCGCUGUUGAGAGACCGGUCAAUUAUUUCAGUCUGGCCGACGAGCUGCCAGUUGCUGCAAGGGACAUAGCGGAAGAAACUCGGAAAGAUCCAGUUAUGUCGCGUGUGUUCAUGUACAUUCAGAAUGGCUGGCCAAGAGAGCUACCUGACAGUAGUCUGCAGCCAUAUUGGAACCGCCAUGAGGAACUCUCUGUAGAUCAAGGAUGCAUCUUGUGGGGGUUUCGCGUUGUCAUACCUCCUAAGUAUAGACAGAGAUUGUUGUCAGAGCUACACCAUGAGCACUGGGGUGUGGUUAUGAAGUCUAUGGCGCGUGGUUACUUGUGGUUUCCAGGAAUCGAUCAGGACAUUGAGACUUUGGUGAGUGCAUGUGAUGCUUGCCUGGCUAUGAAAGAUAAGUCAGCCCCAGCACCACUGAUUCCGUGGCCGUAUCCAACCCGUGUUUGGCAGAGAGUCCAUAUUGACUUUGGAUACUUGAACGUGUGA